CCGGGCAGUCUAGCACGUUGCGAAGCCGCUAGUGUUUUGGCAAUUGCUACGGCGAUAAAGAAAUAUCAUUUAAUUUCAAAGCAACGCUCAUAUUUUAAUUAUUUGAUCAAUUGAGAUUUCCAGUUGACCAAAGAAAUGGUGAUGGAGAAGCCAAGUGCCCAGCUGGUCGGGCGGGAGUUUGUCCGACAGUAUUACACGCUCCUCAACCAGGCCCCCGACUACCUGCACAGGUUUUAUGGAAAGAACUCGUCUUACGUCCACGGUGGUUUGGACAGCAAUGGCAAACCAGUCGAGGCUGUUUAUGGACAAUCUGAGAUUCACAAGAGGGUCAUGGCUCUGAGUUUCCGUGACUGUCACACCAAGAUCAGACACGUGGACGCCCACGCCACCCUGAACGAAGGCGUCGUGGUGCAGGUGAUGGGCGAGCUGUCCAACAACAUGCAGCCCAUGAGGAAGUUCAUGCAGACCUUUGUCCUGGCCCCAGAGGGCACAGUUGCAAAUAAAUUCUACGUCCACAACGAUGUGUUCCGGUAUCAAGACGAGGUGUUUGGUGACUCCGACUCCGAGCCUCCAGAAGAGUCUGAGGACGAAGUCGAGGAGCUCGAGAGGGUCCGCUCCCCCGAUGUCGCCCCGGAAGACUCGGCCCCGUUCUACGACUCAACAACUUGUUCUGACCCGGCAGCUCCUGUUGACGAGGAGGAAGCUCCUGCAGCGAGUCCAGAACCGGAGCAGGAGGUAGAGAAGGAGGUGGAGGCUGCUGAAGAGGAGCUGAAGGCCGAGACGAUGCCCGAGACACAAACAGAAGCGCACGCAGCCGAUGAUCAGACAGAGAAAAGCCCCCCCACCGCCGCCCCCCCAACCACAGAUCCUGCACCUGCUGAACCCGCCCCGGCCGCUCCAGAGGAGAACCGGCCAUUCUCCUGGGCUUCCGUCACCAGUAAGAACCUCACUCCCAGUGGGGCUGUCCCAGUCUCAGGAAUCUCCCCGCACAUCAUCAAAGCCGCCCCCGCAGCUCAGCCGAGAGUGGAGGUGAAGUCCGAGUCCCAGACGACAACACAAAGACCACAGAGAGACCAGAGACCACGAGAACAGAGGCCUGGGGGUCCCCCUCCUGCACACAGAGGGCCGAGACCAGUGCGAGAAGGCGAGCAGGGGGAGUCUGAGGGUCGCAGGGUGGUCCGGUAUCCAGACGCUCAUCAGCUUUUUGUGGGAAACGUUCCUCACGACGUGGACAAGGCUGAACUGAAGGAGUUCUUUGAACAGUACGGGACAGUUCUGGAGCUGCGGAUCAACAGUGGAGGGAAGCUUCCAAACUUUGGCUUCGUGGUUUUUGACGACUCUGAACCCGUUCAGAAGAUCCUCAGCAACCGGCCCAUCAAGUUCCGCGGUGACGUUCGUCUGAACGUGGAGGAGAAGAAGACCCGGUCUGCCAGAGAGAGCGACAGGCGGGACGUGAGGCCCCGAGGUCCGGGUGGUCCAGGUGGUCCCAGAGAGCGAAUCGGAGGCGGCGGCGGCGGACCCAGAGGACCAACUCGUGGCGGCAUGGCACAGAAACCCAGUUUUGGCUCCGGACGUGGAGCCGGACCCACCGAGGGGCGCUACUCCGCUCCACGUCAGUGAACUCACCCGAGCUCCAAACCUGCGUUCGAUUUCCGCCUGGAACUGAUUGGGGAAGAAAAGCCAAAUUUUUGAAACAAACUCCCUUUUUAUUCUGCGCUGACGAGAAAAUCAGUUGGAAUCUCGAUCUGGAGUCGAAUCUUGUUCGCUGGUCACGUUCGCCCGACGUCUCGACUCCCUCCUCAUCGUGUCUGCCUCUAGUCCACGCAGGUUUGGUCAGCUUCUCGUGUCAACUCAACAGGUCCUGCUGAAUUCAGCAGCCAACUCAACGGUCAUCAGUCUCUCUUGAGUAUAGCUGCACCCCCUCCCUCCCAACUCCACCAGUAUCCGAGCACCGCAGGCCCAGUCCCGUCCUCUGACACCUCUUCAUUUUCUCCUCGGUGCAGGAAACCCGCCGGCUGCUGAGACUCGUGUAGACUGAGGUGAUGGUAGGAUGUGGGUUAGCUUGAGCACGUCAUGUUCCCUCAGCUCCACCAGGGGGCGCUCCUCCUCAAUCCAGACCUCGACUGUGCAGGAGACACAACCAGCUCCUCAGAUCACGACAGAUGUUUUCGCCCUUCACUCAGACUUUAGUCAGUUUUCUUUGUUUUUUCCAUGCUGGACUUGAAUGAUCAUCAAACCGACACAGAUUUUAAGGGUAAAUGCUACUUGAAUUGGGGAUUUAAAACCCAGAUGUUGUUUUGUUUUUCGCGUUCUCUCCCUGUUUCUUAAAGGAACGUGUACUUUACUGUUUGGGCAAUCCUGUGUAUUGCUGCCACCGUUGUAUCUAGCGAUGGAUCUGUCUUACCUUUUUAUUCUGUCAGGUCAAGAGCUGAAAUGUAGACGUUUUUAUUUGAAUAAUGUUGUUGGCUUGUGUCUGAAUGCAGCAUGUUUCCAAAACCGGUUUGGGCUUCUGUCGAUGCACUUCAUUUUCAUCAUGUAAAACAAGCUCACACGCCGA